CCACCGGCCGCCUGGACCAGCCGCGGGCUGUGUGCCGAGCCGCGCCGGGCGGGAGCCGGGCGGGGGCGCGAGGCGAGCGCAGCUGCAGCCUAGGCGGUCGAGCGCGCGGAGCGGGCGGAGCGAGCGCCCAGGACCGAGCGCGGGCGGAGCGGGGCUGGAGCAGGCGCGCAGCGGCGGCCGCCCCGGGGGAUGCGGCUGCCUCCCCGGGCUGGCGUGUAGGGAGGGCGGGUCCCCGGCCUCGGCGGCGCGGCGGUGGAGGGGACCGAGACUGCGGCCAUGGCGACCCCCGGUAACCUGGGGUCCUCCGUCCUGGCGAGUAAGACCAAGACGAAGAAGAAGCACUUCGUGGCUCAGAAAGUGAAGCUGUUCCGGGCCAGCGACCCGCUGCUCAGCGUGCUCAUGUGGGGGGUCAACCACUCGAUCAAUGAACUGAGCCAUGUUCAAAUCCCUGUCAUGUUGAUGCCUGAUGACUUCAAAGCCUACUCAAAGAUAAAGGUGGACAACCACCUUUUUAACAAGGAAAACAUGCCGAGCCAUUUCAAGUUUAAGGAAUAUUGCCCGAUGGUCUUCCGGAAUCUUCGGGAGAGGUUUGGAAUCGACGACCAAGAUUUCCAGAAUUCCUUGACCAGAAGUACACCCCUUCCCAAUGACUCCCAGGCUCGCAGUGGGGCUCGGUUUCACACGUCCUAUGAUAAAAGAUACGUCAUCAAGACCAUUACCAGCGAGGACGUGGCAGAGAUACACAACAUCCUCAAGAAGUACCACCAGUAUAUAGUGGAGUGUCAUGGCGUCACUCUUCUUCCUCAGUUCUUGGGGAUGUACCGGCUCAAUGUCGACGGAGUGGAGAUCUACGUGAUCGUUAUGAGGAACGUGUUCAGCCACCGUCUGUCUGUAUAUAGGAAAUACGACCUAAAGGGCUCGACAGUGGCUAGAGAAGCUAGUGACAAAGAAAAGGCUAAAGAGCUGCCCACUUUAAAGGAUAAUGACUUCAUCAAUGAAGGACAGAAGAUCUAUAUCGAUGACAACAACAAAAAGAUAUUCCUGGAAAAACUGAAAAAGGAUGUCGAGUUCCUUGCACAGCUAAGGCUCAUGGACUACAGCCUGCUGGUGGGGAUUCACGACGUGGACCGAGCAGAGCAGGAGGAGGUGGAGUGUGAGGAGAACGACGGGGAAGAGGAGGGAGAGAGCGAUGGCACGCACCCGAUCGGGACACCCCCGGACAGUCCCGGAAAUACACUCAACAGCUCUCCGCCCUUGGCUCCUGGCGAGUUUGAUCCAAACAUUGAUGUUUAUGCAAUUAAAUGCCAUGAAAGUGCACCUAGGAAGGAGGUGUACUUCAUGGCAAUUAUAGACAUUCUUACUCAUUACGAUGCAAAAAAGAAAGCCGCCCACGCUGCGAAAACUGUUAAACACGGCGCUGGAGCUGAGAUCUCGACCGUGAACCCAGAGCAGUAUUCAAAGCGCUUUUUGGACUUUAUUGGGCACAUCUUGACGUAACCUCCUGCACAGCCCCAGAUGGGCACGAGCUUGGGGAGGCUGGUGGCAGCUUCAGUGUAAGAAAAAAAAAGGAAAACUCCAACUCCACGAAGCACUCACCUCGCAGGAAGCAACCCGUGUUUACAUCUUCAAGCCGAGAUGACUGAAGUUGGGGGCUACUCGCUUUAACAGCUACCUGAUAUUUCCCAGCAUCGCUAUUUCUGACUCUGUAUGUGUGCACACAUGCGCGCACGCCCAUGUGAAUGCGUGCGCACGCACUCUCGCACACGUUUUUUAAUUAAUUAAUUAGUUGAUUAAUUAAUUAAUUAAAACUGAUCAGCUCUAAUCAGAGCGUGUAACAGCCAGACCCCUCUGAUUCCAGCUGUGGCCACACGAAUAAAUGAGGAGACAAGCCCAUGGGGGAGGGGAACGGAAAUGCACCUCACUGCAGUCCCACAAGAGAAACUGUAGAUCGGGUUUGCUUUCUGACUUGAAAGAUGUGAGAUUGUUCAUCACGAUGGUGGUGGUGAUGAUGAUGAUGAUGAUGGUGAUGAUGAUGAUGAUGGUGAUGAUGAUGAUAAUGGUGAUGAUGAUGAUUAAAAGAAAGAAAAUUUUAUGUCAAAUGAUACACUCCUGACCCCACAGAAAGACUACUCCUGAAUAGUGGUUACCUAAGCCCACAGCUAGAUAAAGGGAUGCUAGCCAUCUCCCUGUGUACUGGUUCAGGGUUCCCUCCUAAUGGUGUCACCAUCCCCAGAUGUCCCAGGCUGAGCCCUUCAUCUUCCAAGAGUCUGAUGCCAAGAGCCUGUCUACCAUUUCACCUCCAGGAAAACCGCUCGUGUCUCUCUUCGAACCUGGAGCCUGUCACUGUUAACACCCUCAUGUUGAGCUGCAGACAUUCACUCUGCAAAACAGAUGUAGAACCUCCCUGAAAGGUGCAUAGUUUGGGGCAAAUGCAACAGAACCUCCCUCUGCAGGAAGAUGAGCGUUAAAACCCUGUGGCUGAAGGCAACCCAACUGUAUGAGGUUUAUGUUUAACCAUUGCUUAGGAAGGGAAUUUUGUUAUGAAUUAUCCCUUUAACUGAAACCCUCAGUUUUACUGUUUACAUGGUUAGAGAAACAGGGAUAUUUUUGAAUCUAAAAAUUUAAUAUACAACACGUGAUUUUUGAAGUUUACAUGUAAAGCCAUUUCACAGUGUAGGGAACAUAAUGUUUGUUGUGUUUUGAGAUCUGUCUUGCAGUUGUGUUUUUGAGUGAGUGUUUUGUUCAAAGUACUUAGUAGACAGUCUAUCACAUAAAAGCAAAAGGAUUUUGUUCCUUAAGAUGUGUAUUUAUCAACCUGAUGGUUUUUUUUUUCUAUAAAAAGAUUAAACCCAAAAUCUGGUUAUGUAAGUUCAUUGCCCUAAACUGUGCUGAUUGUGUGUAACAGAAAUUUAAAAAAAACAAAACCUUCCAGUAUCCAUCAUGUAUCUACCAACUUCCCUGCGCUCCUUCCUAAAAGGCCUCAAGUUAGAGUCCAAGAUUUGCUCAGAGUACAUUACCAACAUACACGCUGUGUGGCAGCUGUGCCUUUAAAAGCCUCUGUCUCAAAUGUGAGAUGGUUUCUGUAAGGCAGUUUUAGAAAAGAAAAAAAAAAUCCAUCCUUCAAUAAUUACACGUCAACAAGUCCCCCGCCAAGCGCCUUCCCAGUCACUUUCCUUUUGGCCUCUCCAGGUACAGCUGUGUCCAACAUGUGUGGGCUGCCUUCGCAGCAUCUGGAAGCCAGCAUCAGCACCAUCUGACUCCCGUGUACUGACCUGCCAUAGAUUCAUUAGCUGAAGAUGUUAACUCCACUGUAACAUAGUUGUACAGAUCUGUAUUUGAUGCAUUUAAAAUAAUCAAAGCUGUAUGAUUCGGUUUCCGGGCACUGUUCAUUGUGGUGUCUGAUCCGUUCGAGUGUUCUGAAGCUCUCCUGUUAACCUUUGAUUCCCAAACUUACAAACCCAAGACCCUAAAGUAAAAAAAAAGAAAAAAGAAAAAAGAAAAAAAUGAAGGUACACAUACAUGAUCUGAGUAACCAUUUCCUCUGUGGCCAAUCUGUAUGCUUUUAGAAGUUUACAAAAAAUGCUUUGGUUUUUGUCUGUAACCAUCCCUGCCAUCCAAGUAAGCUGUUUGGACAAGAGCUAGAACAGUGCUAACAGUGUGCGCGCUCGCGCGAGCUCUAGUCACGAGCGUGGCUUUACGAAUAAAGCACUUUGAUGACUCUCUUA